UAGUGAAUAUGUCAGUGUCUGAGAUUUUACCCAACGAGACGGAUCAGAAUUUCCUCUACCAACUAAUCUGCAGUCAAUUGGAGAAUGAUGGUUAUAUCAAAUCAGCUAAGUGUUUGCAGGUGGAACUAAACACUCUGGAGCAGGCGGUGCCCGGCGACAAGCUUGAGAAACUUGUAAACAUGUGUAUCCAGAUAAAGAAACACAUCGACGUGCACUUCAACAAUUCCAUGAACAAGAGGAAAGGAGGGGAGAUGGAUCCGGACUCAACCAAUCUGACACAUGACACUGAUGGUGGGGAUACUUUGGCUUCCACACCUUCGUCUGAGUACAGAAUGGUAACAGAAAGUACACCGAUGGAUCAGGACGAUGGAGGAGACCCAGUGAUUGAAACCUCAGACGCUACCUCCUCGUCUGAAGUGAUCCAGAAACAAACCUCGACAGAAAUGGUGAAAACUGAGGAGGAGAAUGUGGCGCCAGAGCAACAGAUAGAUAUAGAGGGGUGUAGACAACAGCUCCUUCAGCAGCAGUUGUUGUUGCAGCAGAUUCAGUUACAACAUCUCCAGAACACGUCUAUCGACGAACAGGCUAAGAAACUAAGUGAGUACAUGAUGAAGUGCUACAAGUCGGAUAUUUCGCUGGUAGGAACCGGAAAUAAAGCUCAGGAACCCUUGCUCACCUCGUUAAGUCAGAGUAUAUCCACUUCUCUAGCUAACCAUACUCCUAUUUAUUCUCAGAGUUCCCCGUCGUCGGUGUCUGGGAUGUCUUCAAGUUUCACUUCCCUGAAUUCCAAGAUUAAAAAUGGGAUCCCGUCGCCGGUAACACCACGUGAUCACACAACCACGCCACCUGUGACAACCCCCGACUGGGAGGAUAAACUGAAACCUAAAGUACCUGAUCAAGCUGAGAUCGAUAGGAAAAGAUUUCCCUGUCGGUAUUGUGGGCGGAGGUUUACCCAGCAGAGUGCUCUGCAGGUCCACGAGCGCACCCACACCGGAGAAAAGCCCUACCAUUGUCACUACUGCGACAAAGCUUUUACUCAGAUCUCUAAUCUGAAGUGCCACGAACGCCUACAUACCGGAGAGAAACCCUACCGAUGUCAAUUGUGUGGAAAGAGAUUUACCCAAAGUGCGAGUCUACGAUGCCACAUGAGAUCCCAUACUGGGGAGCGACCCUACGUUUGCAAGUAUUGUAACAAGAGAUUUACCCAGCCAGCAUCUCUCCAGCAUCACAUCCGCAUCCACACUGGAGAGAAGCCGUAUAAGUGUGAACAUUGUGGAAAGUGUUUUACCCAGCCGUCCUCGUUGGUGGUGCAUCGCCGCCUCCACACUGGCGAGCGUCCCUUCGUCUGUCAGAUCUGUGGUAAGAGCUACACUCAGGCCAUGCCUCUGAAGGAGCACAUGAGGACUCAUCAUGUCCAGGAAAAAUCCCCGCUGUCCUUCAACAUCGGACAACCCUUCUCUCUUCAGAUGAGCCAACUCCAAAGCACACUGUCAGCUAACAUUGGACCCCUCCCAUUCAUCCUGUCUAACAAGUUCAUUCCGGACCUGAGUACUACCUCUACUGUUCAGGAUACACCCUGCACAAGUGUGUCACAGAUUUUGUUCAAUCGACAAAACACGGCGUUCCAAAGCGUGUUUCCUAACCUGUACAAAGAUAACAACACUACUACUGAGAAACCGGCGGAGUGACACUGAAGUACCCCGGAAGUGGCGGAGAUUCGGAAAUGCAAGGAAUUUAAAACUAUUUUUGUUAUUAAGUGAUUAAUUCUGUUGAAUGAAGUAACAAUAAAGUUACUAUUUUGACGUUGAAAAUUCAAAAUGGAGAGGUGACGAGGUUAGACUGAUUUGUUAAGAUUGCGUAAGUGGAUGAAAGAGAAUUUCUCCGGUAGCGUUAAAUGACUACUUAUGCUUGAAGAACAAUGUCCAUUCAUAACACGAAAAACUUUGCCAUUUCUCUGUAUUGGUUACUCAGGAGAGAUUGUUGGUUACUCAGGAGAGAUUGUUGUUAAUAAAUGCGAAUCAAUUUGAAGUUAUCUAUCGCGUUUUCUUUCCGGUAUUUUGAUGCCGUAUAAUUAUCACACUUCAUGGUAUCGACCGACUGAGUUUCAGUUUUAACAAGUACGUGAAAAGAUUAUUUUUGAAUAUUCCAGCGAUACCAUGAUGUGAUUGGUGCUCUGUGAAGAGCGUAGAGUGUGUUACUAAUUUUGUAAAAUCAAUGCUGUUUGAUGCAAGUUAAACCCGUGAUACGUACGAUUACAAGAAACCUUCACAAUAUUAUGAAUGUGAUGUUAUCUUUUAAAUUGAAUGAUAACGUCACACCAGUGUUUGAAAUGUGUUUAUCAAGGGAAUAUGCUUUAAAUGAGUUUUAUGUUUACUAAUGUCAUGUUUUACCACAAUUAUCCAACCCCGACCAAGUUGUAUUGGUUGAAGGAAAAUAAAGUUAGUAAAUUUGUAAUCUCGCCAUUUAUUUUAACCUAGAUAAUCGGUUCUAGAAAUUUGGUUACUUGUUGCUUCACUUAAGGUCAUAAACAGUUGAAACCGUAAAUAUACUUUAUCUUGUUUUGAAAGGUUUGAAUCAAUCCCUCGCAGUUUAACCAGGGGUUAUAAUAAAUAACCACUUGUUAUAAUUAAGUUGUAUUAUUGUGAAGUCUCUUAUUGGUUCCUCUCAUAACGUAUUGGGAUUGCUCAUUGGCUUUGUGAAAUAUUAUGCAUUAUUUUAAAACUUUGGUAUGAUUUAAUGAUUAGUUAAAUAGCUAACAUUAUUUGAAUGAGUUAUGUAAUCCUUUGAAACCAAAGGAAGUUGAAGUUUGAUCACACGAUUCUAUGAAUUUACUAAGCUCACAGUAUUCCGCCAUUAUUAAACGGAUUGUUUUAUCUUACUCGCGCUAUCCUGGGCACCAAAUUUCAGCUCACACUAACAAUAUGUUCGAAUGAUUUAAGAUAUGAGGGCUGUAAUGAUACUCAUUUACUCGCUUUGAGGAAGUGAUACAUUUUGCCCUCUGGUGAUUAGGUAAAGGGUAAAACAUUUUACGAGACUGACUUCCUCCUUUAUAUGUGACCUGAAAAUUGGUUUCCAGUGUAUGGCACUAUUUAAGUAUGGUUUCAAUUAUUGUAAUAUCUUAUCAUGAUUGUGUUUGAUG